CGAACGACGACGGAGUGGACGCGGCCGGGUUGCGGGCUCUGGUGGGGGUUCUUGUGGCGAGCGGCCGGUUCAACGUGCUGGUCUGCGCUCCUGACUCGGAGAAGUCCGCCGUGAGUCACAGCAUCACGUGGCGUCACCCUAUCUCCGUCAAAAGGGUUCAAAUCGCCGGAGCCACUGCCUUUUCCGUUGCAGGAACUCCAGCAGAUUGUGCUUCCCUCGGCAUCUCCAAAGCUCUCUUCUCUUCAGUUCCCCAUUUGGUGAUAAGUGGUAUUAACAUGGGCAGCAAUUGUGGUUAUCACAUUGUCUACUCAGGAACAGUUGCGGGUGCAAGAGAGGCAUUCAUGAAUGGUGUUCCAUCUAUAUCUUUAUCCUACGACUGGAUUCGUGGAAAAAGCAAUUUCAAUCACUUCACACUAGCUGCUGAGGCUUGUCUACCCAUUAUACUAUCCAUACUGGUUGAUAUAGAGAGUAAUGCUUAUCCCCAAAAUUGCUUUCUUAAUGUUACCGUGCCAACAGAUGUUAAAAAUCACAAGGGUUUUAAGCUUACUAAGCAAGGGAAAAGUUUAAUCAAAAUGGGAUGGAAGCAAGCUACUAGUGAAGGACAUGGAGCAAAAAUGCUAUCAACUAUGACUAUGGACAUUACUCCAUCACAAAGCACACAACCAAGUGUUGAUCACACCGGGCAGGACCAAUUUUUAUUCGCUAGAGAAGUUAGGGAAAAACAAGUGGACAAUGAUGGCGCAGAUUAUAGUUUUCUUCAAGAUGGAUAUAUAACUGUCACUCCCAUCAAUGCGUUGUUCACUAUUGACAUAGACAAUCCAACAUUCUUCAUAGACUGGUUGCCUUCUAUGGUUGAACAACACUGCACUGCUGAUCCUCUUCCUUCUAAGAUCAAUUUUUUCCCAGUUGAUAAAGGAGAAGACGUUUCAAUUAGUUCUAUCAGUAAUGAAUAAACGAGCAUUAUUUGCCUAAUGUCAACUUGUCAAGUAAUGAGAGCAAUAAAUAUUCACCUCUAUAAUUAGUUCUCAUACACACUAAAGCUUGAGUUUCAAUAUUGAAACACCAAUGUAUUAUAUUGAUAGUACGUAGCUGGUUGGACCAGUACGUACAACAUAUCAUUAGUUAAAGUCGUGGACUCAUGUAUACCCUUACCUUAAUUACGUACUAAUAUCGUAUUAACAGAAUAAUUGUGCUUAUUAGUUAGGAGAUUUAAAGAAUGGGGAAUGCAUACAAAUGAGAAUGGAAUGAUAGAUUAUGUAUA